UAAAAUUCUGCUGAACUUGCUUCAUAGAUCAAAAGAGAAAAAGUCCAAAAAAAUGCACAUAAGCUCUUUCCUUCACUAAUCCAUAUUUUAGCUAAAUUGUGAUUAAAGUGAGAUUAGGAGCUGCAUAUAUAAAGUUAAUUCCUAACAGAAUUGAGGACUCUAAUCACAAUUCCAAAAACUUCUGCAUAUUCACAUUUCACUGCAUAACAGAAAUUUUUCUCUCAUUCUUCUCCCAUUUUUUACAAAAAAAAAUUUCAUAACAUUUUCUUCAUCAAUUGAGCAUUGUCUACUAAUCAUUGGUACAAUUCCAUGGUGAAUUCAUCAUUUACAGGUGCUAUGUAGGUGCUGUUCGCAGAGAUUGAAGGGAAAGAUUGAGCAAGAAUCCUACUGUCACGGCAGAAGAAAAUCUAUGACAGAUGCAGGUUGUUGAUUCUUGAAGCGCAUUUGAACUAUCCUGAAGCAUCCUUGCGCAUCCAAAGCAAUUAAAGACCACCUGUUCUUGCAAUCCAAAGCUCACUCGCACAGAAUCCGCGGUUCCAUCGCAACUGUUUCCGGAAAAGGUACCUUUAGUUGCUCAGUUCCUUGCGAACUUUUUGCUUUGCGUUGCUUAAGCAACUUGCAUCGAGGGACACUUUUGAUCGAGAUUCUGGUUGAGAGAUUUUCUGCUCCAGUAUGAGGACCGGUUUGAAGAACAACAUUGCUUACAGUUUCUUUGAUCCAGAGAUUGGUGUGCUCAAGGAUAUGAUAGCAUUGAUUACUCCUGACCAUGUGGGAAUGUUUAGAGAGUCAUACGACGGUAUUCUGAAGAUGGUUUUCAGACUCACUGACUGCGACAGGAGCGCCAUCCACACUCUUCUUCAGUUCUAUGACCCUGGGUUGAGGUGUUUCGUUUUUCCAGACUAUCUGUUGGGACCUCUGAUGGAGGAUUAUGUCAGCAUCCUGGGUAUUCAAAUCCGUGAUCAGAUUCCUUUCCAUGUCACUAGGGCGGAGCCGGAUGUCCUUGGGAUUUCACGUGCUCUUUAUUUGAGUCCGGAAAUGGUCAAGGAAGGUUGGAAGGAGAAGGGAAAGUUACCUGGAUUUCAUUUGAGUUUCUUGGAGGCUAAUGCCAAGGAACAUGCUGCUGCGGGUAAUUGGAAGACGGUUUGUGCUCUGAUUGCUGUGAGCAUUUAUGGGAUUGUUCUGUUUCCUAACCAGAAGAAUUUUGUGGACCAUAAUGCUAUCAGAUUGUUUAUGCAGAGAAACCCUAUUCCUACCCUGAUUGGAGAUGUCUACUACUCAGUGCAUAACAGGAAUGAGAAGAGGCGGGGUGGUCUGGUUAGAUGCUGCUCUCAGUUGCUCUUUAGAUGGUUCAUGGGGUAUUUGCCUUCCCGAGGUGCGUUUGUUCAGAUUGACCCUAGUGUCAAGUGGUCCUUCCGAUUGAUGGGUCUGCGGGCUGAUGACAUUGCUUGGACUCAUAAUGGUUUAGCUGGUCAGGACUUCAUAUGUAGUUGUGGGAGUUUACCUAAUGUGCCUUUGGUGGGAGUUCAGGGUUGCAUUAAUUACAACCCGAUGCUUCUCCGGAGACAGAUGGGGUUUGCUAUAGAGGGUCCUCCUCUCGGGCGAGAGAUUCAGGAGUCCUUCUAUUUCCCGAUUGAUGGUAACCAGACCAAGUUGAGGCAGGUAUUGGACGAAUGGCGAGAUAUCCAGAGGAGGGGUAAGGCUCCUUAUGGCAAAGUCAACUGCCGGUAUUUUCCACUAUUUGAGGAUUGGUUGCGGAAGAGGAUUGAGUCUACAUUUCUACCGUUCCCUGGAGGUGACUCAGUGUGUCCUAGGAUUGAGGGUCCAAGUUCUUCUGUCAGCAUGGAUGAGUUCUUAGAGGUGAAGCGGGAACGAGAUCAGCUACUUGCAGAGAAGACGGAAUUGGAGAUGAGUGUCGCUCGGGUUCAGAGAGCUAAUCAGGAGCUCAAAGCAAAGAUGGAAGAUCAGGAUAAGCGGCAUGCUUUGGAGACCAAGCGAUUUGAGAUGGAUACAGCCUACUAUGGGAAGGUUAGUCAGGCUUUGGCAUCUUCAGCAAAGGAGCAUGAUAUCACUAAGGAGAAGCUGUUCAGAGCAUCAAAGGUGAUAGAAGAUGAGAAGAGGAGGCAAAUCCUAGUCAGGGAUCAGAGGGAUGAGAGAGCCAGAGUCCUCGCUGCAGAGUGGGAGGCGGAGAAAGCAAAGAUCAGGGCCGAGAGAGAUCAUUACAUGGCAGAGAGAGACCACUACUUCAGACAGAUGAAGAUUCAUCAGAAGGAAGUUGGAAGACUACAGCAGGAGAACAUAGAGCUCAGGUUCGCCGCAGAGUUCGCGAGGAUGGAGGGCGAGAUAGGGCCAUCUGCGGGACCCUCAUCCAGUUAGAUCUUUCUUUCGUUGUGAAUUACCGUCAGGCUUGUUGACGGAAUUCACUUGUCUGUAUUUCUUUCCUAUUCUUGAGGAUUGUAUCUGACCUUAUCUGGUUGAUGUAUGACUACUGCACUGAUUGUGCACUUUUGCUAUGUGAUGGUGAUUUUUCAUUCA